GGCAGACAAACAGAAAAGAGGAGAAAGCCAGAGAGCAGAACUGCGGCGGCACGAUGGGGAUAUUCAGCCUGCGUGGGCUCCGUCGCUGAGCCGUCCGGAGUUCAGCCACAGUAUGUGUGUGCCUGCUCGUGUGUGAGUGUGUGCAUGCAUGCAUGUGUGAGUGAGUGAAAGCCCCUGCCGACACCGUGUGGAGAAAGGGAAGAAGACGAAAAGAGACCGGGUGGAGAGGAGGGGAAAAAAAGAGGGGGAGUGUUGACUCUGUCUCGGGCUUAGAGGAGGCUCACGCUACUGGAUCAUAGACGCCGAUGUGCAACAACUACUCCCAACUACUGCUGCCCCUGCUCCACCUGCGUGCCACUGCCUGACUGUCCUCUUUAACUUCUGCCAUGGCAUAGCCUCCUCUUCCAGCUCGCUUCUGAUCUACUGAGGAAACAGGCAUGCAUGGGCACAACCAGGGAUCUAGGCUAUCACAUCCUUUACGUCAGUAAUUCACAGUCUGAGGAAACAUGGUGAGCAAGGAGGGUGGCAAAUGCAUGCUCACCAACUCAGAGUCUGACUCGGAGGCAGCUCCCGUGCCCUCCACUUCGCUGGCGCUGGAGGUAAAGUAUUCCCUGGAAGCCAAUCGACAGGUGAGGAAGAGAAACAAGGCCUUGCAAGUGCGUUUCAAGGACAUCUGCGAGGCGCAGAAUGAGCAAAGAGAGGCGGAGUUGCAGGCAGCAGGGAAAAGUGGCAAACCAAUGUCAUACAAAGUGGCAUACCGCAAAUACAUGACUGUCCCUGCACGCAGAUCGAUUCCUAACGUCACACGGAGCACAGGUGUUCAGACGUCACCCGACCUGAAGAAACGGUAUCAGACGUUUCCCUUCGAGCGCAAAAAAGGACAUACCUUUAAGCAUGUGGCGGCAGUGGAAACUUAUAAAGGUCAGAAUAACGGUUUUAUCAUGGAGGUGAAGCAGUCUAAGGCACCUGAGCAGGGUUUAGAUGAGGAGGAGGAGGGGGCCUGUGGGGGGAGCGGAGUCCUGAGGACCAGGGCUCUGCUCCAUACUAAUGAGUGCAUUGCCACAGUGGAGCAGCACACUGCACCUGAUGGCCUGUGCUCUGAUGCUCUGCUGCUCAGUUGCACUGCAGACACAGACUGCCUUGCAGACACACCGAGAGGAAGCGGAGCUGGAGCACAGGCAGAGUACCAGCUCUGCAGCAUACCUUCCAAAGCCAGAACAGGAUUACAACACAGGGAGGCCGACACAGACCGCUCGGCCAAGAGGCAGCUGCUCAAUCUGGAGGAGGGCUCAUCCCGAACCCUGCCGGACAGGGCCUCCAAGGUUACGGGCCCCAUCGCCUGGAACUCCCUCACCCAGGUGGAGUGCCUGGACAGUCCAUCUGUACGGAGCAAGCGAAAGAAAGGCCUGCAGCUCAACGGGCUGUCGAGUGAGACGUUACCACGAUCCCGUGGAGGCUGUAAAACACAGGCACAGUGCCACACGGGGCAGUUAUCUGCCCGGCCUAUACGGGGCAUGGAGGAACCUCUGUCACCCUGCAUAGGCGGUGAGGCUGAUGGAACACCAACCGACCAAACGCAGGAAGCCUGUAAGCAAAUAGUGCCUAUGAAUCAGGACGGGGACGUUAAAGCACAGCUCCAGGCCAUGGAAAAUCUCAUCAGCUCCAGCCAAGAGACCAUCAAGGUGCUGCUGGGGGUCAUCCAGGAACUGGAAAAAGGAGAGGCCCACAGAGAAGGACUCUCCUAUCGAACAGGACAGGACACGGCCAACUGUGACACAUGCCGGAACAGCGCAUGCAUUAUUUACAGUGUUGAACUGGAUUUCAAGCAACAGGAGGACAAGCUACAACCACUGAUGAAGAGGCUUUUCCCAACAGAGGACACCCACUUUCCCCCCCUGCCUUACCCUCAGGAGGCCUUCACCUCCACCCCAAAACGCAAGUCCAAAGCUGACUCCAAGAAACACGCUCGCUGGAAACUUUGGUUCCUGUGACGACAGAGAACCAUGUUCCCCUCCACCACCAUGCACAGGAUUUAAGUGUCCAUCCGAUCAUCCGUUUUUGUUUGGUUUAUUCAUCAACUUCUUUUAUAUCUAUUUGGAUGUAGACCUGGUAUUAAUGGAGACCUUGACCGGAUACCGAACCCUUUUCUGAGAUGACAGGAUGUUUAAUGAGACACGAGUAUGGAUCCCACGGAAAAUUCAAAAUGUCAUGCUUACCAAAAAUGGAUUCUGAGUUAUUUUGAACUAAUUUCUUCAAACAGGGUGUGAAAUUACACCAAGGAAACAUAUUUGGAGAUCGGCAAGGUGAGAAGAUGAAUUUGAUUUCCCGAUGUCUAUUUGCAUAUAUAUUUUUUCUUCUUCUAGCUGACGUCAACGGGGUUCUGUUCUGUAAUGGUUCUGUGCCCUUCACAUUUCUAUUCAUCAGUUGGGACUUUCUUCCCAGCCUCCAGGAGAGGUUGGCAGAUCAACCAUAAUGCUCUGAGGCCUCCAUAAACAGCAUAUCACUGUACUGCAAAGCACAAUUAGAACUGUUCAGGAUACAUUUUCUCCAGAAUAAUUAAAAAGAACUAUUUUGAGUAAUAACUCACAUAUGUAGAUUGUCUACUAAUCAUGCAGAGUGAAGACUUUCAUAUCUAUAUAAAGAAGAGACCUAAAGGACAAAAUAUCAGAUGUUUAUUGGAGUUCUACAGUCAACUUUUUAUCCAUCGCUAAAACGUCUCCUUGAAUCAACUGACUUUGAAGGGAAAAAAAACAAAACAAAAGAAGAAAUAACACUUAUUUUCUUAAUAUUUGCAAAGUUAAACAUCAAUGUACUUUUUUCUAUAUAAAUAUAUCUAUAUACAUUCACUUUAAGGUUUAGCAAAAUGUAUUUAUUUGAGCUGCAGUGACGGGAGCUGUGCAGUCCAAACACUACAGUGCAAAAGGAGGUCAAUCAUUUCAUAAUUCUCAACUCGUUUCCAUGCAUCGCAAAGUUCGUACUAACCUCACGUAUGCAUAUGGUCAUUAAACACCAAGAAAAGGCAAAACCCAUUCAUUGGUAUAAAAGCAUAGACACACAGAGAAAACUGUUACUGUUACGAAACCAACUAUAAUAAACAGUUGGUUUUCAGCACACGCGAGGGGUAUCAGAGGAUAGCUUUGAUUGUAUUGCUGCAGUAACCUGUAUCAGCUACUAUAAUAGCUACUGAAACCAAGCCAGAGAGACUGAAUGUGCCACUUCUGAUCACAACCAGGGCUUCUACAGUGCAGGGUGGCAGGCUUAUAGCCUUGCAUGCUUUUUACAACCUUUGAAUUUUGCAGGAUAUUUUCUAGCUUUUAAAACAAUUUUUAAUGAGAUUGACAAAAUCUUUUCCCCCCCAUUUCCCUUUAUUAUUGUUAUAAUUAGUUCCUGCUCAUUGCUUUGCGUCUAUUCGACUGUAAAGUAAAAACCAUGUGCAGUAACUCCACAGUGGGUUCAACAACUACGUACAGCCAAAACAACAUGUGCAUUUACUAUACCAUCAUGUGAAGAAGUGAGAACAUCCGAUAAGAACGAUUAGUUUUUGGACGGAUAUGGACGGACAAACAUUUUAUCCUCUUUGAAAUAGUGCUCAUUAACAAAGGUGCUAAUCUGAAAUAAAAAAAAAAGAAACAUACACGCACACACCCAAGUGCAAAUCAGUCAAAUUUACUUUCUAUUAACACACCAAAACAAUUUGGGCUUCCAGGUUUGGUGUCAGUGAUUAGACCCUACACAGGUUUUGCGAGGGUAUGUUGAUUAAGGUGCCAUCCAGCAAAAAUCUCUGAGCAGUCUCUGAGAACCACUAAAUUUUAAUGACAAGAUUUGCGGGUAACUCUUGCAGCUUUGAAGUGCUCAUGUCUACAAUCAUGACAUGCAUGAGAGAUAUGUCAAGAGAGCUGUUUGGCCACAACAGUAGAGAGAACAUUUUUGAAGAGAAAAGCCUUUUACAAUCUGUGAAUCCAGGUUGUUAUGGUUCGAGGACACUUUGCUUGCUGGGACUGGGCAGCUUGCAUUCAUUGUCUCAAGUGUGAAUUCUUUAUUAUAUCAAAGAAUUUUAAAGGAUAAUUUGAAGAUACAUGAGUGAAAGUUGAAGCUGAACUAGAAGUGGACCUGAAAAGGUAUACAUAAAGUGUUUGGAAAUGGUCUUAAAUCUUACUGAAGAAUGUGAAACAGGCAGAACAAGUUCAAACAUCAAACAUUGUUCACUGAAGAUUUGGCAAAAAAAUUUCAGUAAUUCAAAGACUUUUAGACAAUUACGGCCUUGCUGACCCAGGCCUAGAAACCAGUCAGCAACCCCGCCUCCACUCACUAGGGAACAGUGUGUAUUCUUUGACUUGCUGACAACUGCUUGCUGGAAGUUGCUGCCCGACACUUGGUAAAGUCUAUUUCCUGAACCAACAACCAAAACAUUUCAAAAGGCACAACUUUUACUUUGAAAUCAAAUGGCCUCUUUCCAGUUUGUGCCACACUUUUCACAGUUUUAUUACUGCUUGGCAAGAAGUUUUUCAAGUCUUUACAGCCAAGUCGGCGUCUUCCAUGCACAGUAAGCAACCGCGGCAACCUGAAAGUGACCAAUCAUAAAAGAGGUUUUUGGUGCAGCACUGCAUAUCUCCAUGCACCAUGACCAAUUUCACGCUAGCAGCUGCCAGCAACCUUCAGAAUAGACACUUUUCUCUAGUGAGCAACGGUUGCCCAGGAUAUACUGACCAGUCUCAGCCUGUCCGGCCUCUUUGACUGAUGCUUUAAUAAUGGAUUUCACAGUGACUGCAGCCAACAUCUAGCAAUCACUCGCAACUUGAGAAUACACGUUUUCUUUCCUGUUGCCACGUGGUUGCUAAUGAGUCUCCUGGCUUGUGUGACUGAGGCUUGGAUAAAGCACCUAUAAUAAAUGCCUAUUUAAAAGAUGGCAACUCUAGUUUCUUAAGGCUGAGGAUGUACUUGUGUUUCAACAUAUGUAUGUUUUUGGUUAUCAUGUUCUUUAAGUAUACUACCUUUAUCUGUAGGAGCCAUUUCAAUACAAAGAGGAUCUAGUGUGUGCUGGUCCAGAUAUUUAAACAAGUAAUCAGUUUCCAUGGGAUGUUCUUACUUACUCACAUCACUGUAUGUAAAUAUAUAUUACACAAUAUCAAAUAGUGCUAAAAAAAAUUUCAAGUGUGGGAUAACAGCCAAUAUCUAAAGAGAAAAAAAAAUAGCUGAUCACUCUAAAAGACACAACCACUGCCCCAGAAGACAGGAAAUAUGCCAAAGUGGUUUCAAGGACAUAAAAAAUGUACAACAACAAUAUCCAGCAAACUACUAGCUAUCACUGGCUUGACCUUCACAAGCUCCAACAUGCUGCAUUUUGUUAGUUACAUAUAUUUCACAACUUCACUCUUGUAUAUGCUAGGUUUGUUUCUUUCAGUAGUUAUACUGUAGCAUCAAGAGAGAACUAGAUGUUUAUCUGUAUCUUAAAGAAGUGCAAUUGAUUUAUUAUGUGCAAUACUGUGUCUUUUAUACAGUUUUUUUAAAAAGACAAAAAUAAAGAUAUUUAAUAUGCAAAAUAUGAAAAAAAAGAAAUAAAAAAAAGACAUCGACAAAGCUCUCGAAAUCUGAUCUGGACCGAGUUUUAUUUGUGGAGCUAUAAGCAGAAUGAUACUUUUUCCCUACCUUUUUUCAGUCACAUUAUAAGUAAAGGAUUAGUUUCCCUAACUUUUAGCAGAUGCUUGGAAUAGGUUUGCCCAGGCUUGAUGGGUCUGCACUGUGAAAUUAGAUCACAGCAUGUAACGCACUAAUACCAACUGUGGACAAUAAGUACUGACCAGUGCUGAUGAAGCAACAGUAUUGGCCUUGUUGAGCGGCUUCAACAUGCGGGCAAAUCUACAAGUGAGGGUUGGUGUCUUAUCUAUUGUAUUGGAUCAACUUUAAGUUUGCUAAAGGAACCCUGAUUAAGAUUUCAAACUCUUUAAAACAGUGCAGCUACUUUUUUUAAUAUAUCAUGUAAAUUUACUUAGUUUUAAUCUUGGUCGAAUGAAGAAUAACAAAAACAGAUCGGUAUCUCAACUGUUGGUCAAAUUUAACAUCAGUAUCUGACCAGAACACUUAAAAAAAAAAAAAAAGGCUAAGGCUGAAAUCAUACAUCUCUUUAAUGUACUAUGGUGGGUGGAGACGAGAGGACAAUACAGCAGAAGGGUAAGCAGCAGUGUUUUGUGCACAGCCAACCUUCUUGGGAACCAGUCUUUGCCCUUACCAUCCUCACUCUAAUACAGAUUUUUUUUCUCGGGCAUGUCCGUGUGCUCAUGCAUCUGCACCUGCACCUGCCCCAUGUUAGUACAAACAAGUCUUGAAGGGCAAACAUGAGGUAAACCAGCAACAAAGCUCUGAGCAAAAACCCCACAGAUGCACAGUCACCCUCACACUGAUGCAUGAAGUAACGCUGCUGAAGGUCAGCGCUAGCCACAGCCCGGUCGACUCCACCGGGCUUCCCAUGAGUGACUGCGUAUGCCCAAGAACUGAGAGUGUAAACAUGACACCUACUGCAGUUUAACAUUUUGCAUUCUUACUUAAAAGUCUUCUGUGGUCUUAAGGUGACAAACAGCAAAAAAAAAAAGUCCCACAGGUUUAUAUAGUGCUGACAAUCACAACACAUCACAACAUGGUUUGUUGCAGGCUCAAUAAACCCAAAGGGAUGCGCAGUCGAAGUUUCAAAACAGGUGAGGAGACGAGAGGUGCAGCGAGUGAUAAGUGCAUGUUUGAGGCAUUAUGAUGCAGUGCCAUAUCUCACUAUGCUUCUUUUCUGUAAGAGCUCUGCAGUAGUCUGGCCAGCAGAAAAAAGAGAGAGGAGAGGAGACAGAGCGAUAGAUGCAAGAAGGUGCUAAGAAAAAUAUCCAAACACAGAGAUAAAGCGAAUGUGUAAUACCAGAUUCUGAACUGGACAUGCAUACCUGGAAUGACUGUAUCGCAAUUUACACUAUUAAGUCAGUGUGUGCACGCAGCAAAGGAAAAAAG